AUGCCAACAGAGCUGCACAGUGCCAGAGCCAUGCCAACAGUGCCACAGUCAUGCCAACAGAGCCGUGACAGUGCCAGAGCCAUGCCAACAGUGCCACAGUCAUGCCAACAGAGCCAUACAGUGCCAGAGUCAUGCCAACAGAGCUGUACAGUGCCAGAGCUGCCAACAGUGCAACAGUCAUGCCAACAGAGCCGUACAGUGCCAGAGCCAUGCCAACAGUGCCACAGUCAUGCCAACAGAGCCGUACAGUGCCAGAGCCAUGCCAACAGUGCCACAGUGCCAUGCCAACAGAGCUGUACAGUGCCAGAGCCAUGCAACAGUGCCACAGUCAUGCCAACAGAGCCAUACAGUGCCAGAGUCAUGCCAACAGAGCUGUACAGUGCCAGAGCCAUGCCAACAGAGCUGCAUACAGCAGAGCCAUGCCAACAGAGCCGUACAGUGCCAGAGCCAUGCCAACAGUGCCACAGUCAUGCCAACAGAGCCGUACAGUGCCAGAGUCAUGCCAACAGAGCCGCACACAGUGCCAGAGCCAUGUCAGUAGAGCUGCAGUGCCAGAGUCAUGCCAACAGAGCCGUACAGUGCCAGAGUCAUGCCAACAGAGCCGUACAGUUCCAGACCCAUGCCAACAGAGCUGUACAGUGCCAGACCCAUGCCAACAGAGCCGUACAGUGCCAGAGCCAUGCCAACAGAGCCGUGCAGUGCCAUGGGACGUGCCACGGAGAAGGGAGCGCCACAUGUUGCAUGUACGGUAUGGCUUAG